CCAGUGUAUCUAAAAUAUCAUUCUCCUACCUAUUGUUAGAAGAGAAGAAGAAAUCAGUAGAGAUGAAAAAAGAGAGUAGUAAUGCUAGUCUUUCCUUGUCAACUAGUAAUAGAGUGCAAGGUAGGUAAUAGCAUUUUGACCUCUGAGGGAACAAUAAGCCUCAGGUCUUCAAGUUAUCUCUAUAAAGCUGUUAGUUUUUCAUCAGCAGAGUUCACUGAAGCUAUAAUGGCAUACCGGCAGAUAAGCCACUCGUUUUUAAAAAAGGACGAAUUGUGUGCCGGUUUGCUCCGCACUUGAAUACACCAACAUCUUUGAAGAGAGUGGACGAAAGGCAGACAACAAUGAGAAAAGUCCCCGAUGAAGAUUUACCCAUGGGUUGGAGAAAAGUCUCCGAUGAAGAUUUACCCAUGGGUUGGAGAAAAGUCUCCGAUGAAGAUUUACCCAUGGGUUGGAGAAAAGUCUCCGGCAAAGAUCUACCUGGCUUGAGGAAAGUCUCCCUGCCAAAUUUGACCAUUGGUUAAAAAUAUUUUUCAACUCGAGGCGAAGAGCUGCUAGCCAAACGAAAGUUCCAUUUUUCAAGUCGUACUUUAACGAAUUAUUUUUGUUGACCCUUUUUUGUUAUCUUUCUGCAAAAAUGUAACCUUAUAUUGCGCAGGGUUGUUAUAUUUUAACAUAAGCCUCAACCACAGUUUCAAAUUAUUGGGUAUGAGGUAAAAUACAAAUUACAUUCACAGCUAUUAGUAGUUGUCGAAUGUAAUGUAAUAAGGGUAGUGGCAAGAUAAAUGCAAAAGAAAUCAGGUCAGUAAAAGUGUGGGCACUGAAAUCGGCCCCAGUCUCUGCUGUUAUUGUAUUGGGUUGAGAUA